AUGUUUUUUUUUUUGAUUACAUUUUUAUAUCUGUACAAGCUUUUAAAUGCUGAGGAACUGACCAGGAAUAGAUACAAUCAGAGUUUGGAAAUUGACACUAAUACUAAAUCACAAACAGAUAUUCUUCUAUCCCCACAAACAUCAGCGACUAUAACCUCUUAUUUAGAAACUUACACAGAAAGUAUUAUUUCUCUUCAAGAAACUGCAAGAUCUAGACAAGUUGUUUCUGAUAUUGAAGUUAAUGAACUAACGCCCAAUGAAAAAAAGAGUGUAAAUAUACUGACUGUUACAGAAGAUUUGGCGACUAUAUCUUUCCAAUCGCCUACUUUAGAGAUUUUACUGCAUAUGAGUACCACUGCUAGUAUAAAUGAUUGUGCUAGUAAUAAUUCCAUUCAUAGUGUAAUUUCUAAACCUAGCACUUUUAACUUGAACUCGACACUUGAUCCUGUUCUUGGCAAGACAGAUAAUAAUAUUAAUAUUAAUGAUUCAAUGGUAAAGAAGAGUAAUUUUGAAAGUGAGUCCGCUGAUCAUGAAGAGCAUCUGAAAACGUCUUUACCAGAUGAUGAGAAAUUUUUGUCAUUUGAUAAGUGGAAAGCUAAAAAAUUGGACGAAUUGUUUUUGAAAAAGAAUGAUCAAAAGUUAAAAAAAUAUACAUCACCUUCGAAACAACAGCAAAAUAGUUUUAUAGAUAAUAUUAUUGGAGAAGAGAUGGAGCUAAACUUUGAUUUUUUAACUGGCGAUAAGCCGACUGAUACAAGCAACAACAACAAUUUAAAGAGUCAAGUGGAUAUUUCAUCGAAUAAGCAUGAAUCCAAUAAAAAGAAUGAAAACAGUACUAUCGCAACAGAGCAAGUGUAUGACAGAAAUGAAGAAUACGAAGAAGGAUAUGAGUUGGAAGGCAAGCCUUAUGAGAAAAAAUUUAAUUAUGCCUCGAUAGAAUGUGCAGCAACUGUAGCGAAAACCAAUAAAGAAGCCCAAUCCAUUAUGUCAAUAUUACAAGAAAAUAAAGACAAAAGUCUAUUAAUUCCAUGUGAUGUAAGUGGACCAAGGUAUAUUGUGAUAGAAUUAUGCGAGGAUAUUUUAAUAGAAGAAGUUGUUAUUGCCAAUUUUGAAUUUUUUUCAUCAACUUUUAAGAAAAUAAGAAUAUCUGUCAGUGACCGAUUUCCUGUUUCUAAAAGUAACGGUUGGAGACAUUUAGGUGAUUUUGAAAUGGAAGAUAUCAUGGGGUUACAAGCUGUAUCGAUUGAGUCGCCAGUUAUAUGGAGUAAGUUUUUGAAAAUUGAUAUUUUAUCACAUUAUAGAGAUGAAUAUUAUUGUCCAAUUAGUUUGGUUAGAGUUUAUGGGAAAACAAUGAUGGAAGUUUUUAAAUUGGAGGAGCAUUUUUAUCAAGAAAUGGAGGAGUCUAGUAGCAACAAACUUGAAGAUGGUGUUGGAAUAAAUGAAGAACAAAUUGAAGCGGAAAAAGAUGGCGAGAAGGUUGACUGGGGGGUUUUGAAACAAAGCACCUUUGAUUUUACAAAGAACAUACCUGAUUUUUUUUUAACAUCGGAGAAUUUCAGUGAUGUUUAUGAUAUUAAUAAUAGUAAGAACGGUGAGCAAUGUAAUGCACAUUUACCGUAUUUAAAAUUUGAAGAGUUUUUGAUCAGCCAAAAAACAUCCGAAUUGUCCCCUUCAUACUGUAGAGUUGACGCUGUUAUUAGUACUACUGUCAGUACGAUCGAAGCUACACCCACGAAACAUAUAUUAAACAAUAAUAACAGUGACAAGAUCCUAUCAUCGGCUGCUGCAGCACAAAUGAUUAUUAAUAGUAAUGCCGGUAGCAAUACGGAAGAAUCAAUUUUUAGAAAUAUAAUGAAAAGAUUAGCUUUGCUUGAAAGUAACGCAACAUUUUCUAUAAUGUAUAUUGAGGAACAAAGCAAGUUAUUAUCACAAACAUUUGAAGCGUUAGAAACACAUCAAGAAAAGGUUUUAAAAGAUUUGGUUUUGGCCAUGAACGAUACGAUAAUUAAUAAUUUAGAAAUGCUACAACAAUUUGUGGAUAUUUUACAAGAAAAUAGCAAAAAUCUUAUAAAUAUUAGGUUGAAUGAUAUGGAAACUCUAUUUGACAGAAAUAUCCAAGAGGUACAUUAUCAAUGGAAAGAAGACAUUGUUUUUAUCAAAAGAUUAACAUAUACUAUUACUGUGGCAUUUAUUUGUUUACUAAUAUAUGUUUUAAUGACCAGAGAAGCUUAUAUAGAUCAAUAUAUGAAAGACGAUGGGUGGUACGAUACAAGCACAUCACCUUUACUUAAAGCAAAGGAAAAUCUAAUGAGAUUAUAUUCUACAUCGCCUACAAAUGGUAACUUGACGUCAGCGAAUGGUAUCGGCAAUAAACUUAAGCAUAGAAGGCAGUUUAGUGAUCCUAUAUUUUCCACAAAAAAGCAUGACGGUAAUAUCAGUGAUAGUAAAGAUGUCUUUGAAACUGGGGACGUUGUUGAUGGUAUUUAUGGUAGUAACAAGCAAUAUAGUUACGAAGACAUCGGCAGCGCUGGUAGUAAUUCUAGCCUUGCUAGUAGUAGUAAUAGUAGUCGGAGUAACAGUAUAAAUAUGGGGGAGGAUAUAGACAUUUAA